AUGGCCGCCACUCAGGCCCGUCCUCUGACGGACAUGCCACCUUCGCUCCCGUUUCCUCGUGUGCGGGACGAUGAUGACCUUCUGUAUCGACUUGAGGUGCUACGGCUGAGCAACGGCGAGACUGAAGCCAACUUGAACGAUCAUUACCUCCAUGAAGCUGCCGACCUUGGCCUCGAUAUUCCCGCAGACGCUGAUUUCCUACGCAAGGCUCACAUGUCCACUGCUGACUCUGCUCUCACUGUGGCGUCGACACAUUUGAGCUCUGACUUUGCCGCGUCUCGUGCCUCCAUCUCGACUGGCAUCACUUCCAGAAGCUCAACCGAUCAUCAUUACCUCACUCUUGGUCCGCUCUCUCCUACCUCCCCGAGGAACGACAGCUCAUUCAGCUUACCCUCCUUUGAUGAAUAUGACGCCUUGUUGGACCUUAUCCGAGACGAAACCACCAAUGGUUCCUCAGCGUCUUUGUCGUACCAGCCACAGGCCCCGCCAGCGAGUCCUGUCCAUUCUGGCUCUGCCCGCAUGUCCUUCAGUGUGAAGAGGAAUAUUAAGCGCAUCUCUGGUUUUACAAAAGGAAGAGGUGCUUCUGCAAGGUCAGUUGUUGGCUCCUGGCCCAACAAGGCUGCUGAAAGAUCAAAUGGAGCUAAUGUGUCGGGAAGUCGCUCAUGCACCACGUGUCGAAACGACCUUAAGCUGAGCUCGCCAAUUUGUACCCUGCCCUGCUCCCACAGCUAUUGUCGGUCCUGUCUCCAUCGGCUUGUUAUUCAGGCUAUCGAUAAUGAAUCCAGAUUGCCGCCGAGAUGCUGUCUCAACCCUGUGCCUGGUGCCAUGGUCAAGAUGGUGCUUACCGAAAGCCAACGGCAGGUCCUGAUGGAAGCGAUGCAUCGAAAUCUUCCGCGAUGGCAGAGUCGGGGACUCUUGCCUUCUCCUCAAGAGCCAGACCAGCUCAGGCGCAGGCAGGCAGGCCUUAAGGUCGACACAUUGUCCACGUCGUCCUCGGCGGCGGUCCGAUCAGUCAGCUCGGCGGAAGCCAAGCAGCGAAGUUUGGAAAACAAGGAGCUUUUAUCUCUCCGAGACGAGCAAUUAGAGGAACGAGACCGCUUUGUUUGUUUUGAGCGAAAUCAGCGACAGCUAUCAUAUGCGCGCCAAGAGGAGAGCAAAUCCGAGAUGAAAGCUCGCCACGAGGCGGCCGGACGUGAGCUCGUGGAACAGCAUCGAACGAACGCUACAAAUCUCGAAGACCGCCACGUUGCUGAGGAAAUGGAACAGCGGACUUCUCUGGAGCAGCAAUACAAGUCCUGUCUCGUACGUUUGAAGCAUAUGGAGGCGUACUGCUACGGCCCAACCGGCAAAGACGGGCGCGUUGUCACCGAUCGAAAUCUGCGAGACCUUCGCCAGCAAUACAAGACUCGCGACGACAUGGACCGUCUACAUGAAGCGAAGAUUAACGUCUUACGCGAGCGUCAAGCAAAGCAAUUGGAAGCUCUGACGGACAAGCAAGAAGAUGAGUAUAAUCGCAUGGAGGAGCGAAACAAGCAAGAGUUUGAUAGUCUCCGUAAAGCGUUUGCAGACGAAAAUAGCGAGUUUGCCCAAGUCUUUGAGAACCGAAAGCAGGCGCUUGUCGCUCGGUGGAUCCUUGCUGAAGAUAUUCUUCGCAAAAAACUGGAGGAGAAGCACCACUUGGAUUUUGGGCCUCUUCCACCAGUUGAAUUCCCAAUCCCAAAUGAGGACAAUGACGCGGAACUCGUGAAUGGUACGGGCCAAUCUGUGUCAGCUCUGAACGGGACAGGCCUCCAAACUCAGACUCCGACGCCCUCUGAACCUCGACUGGACUCUGACCUUCAGCAUUUCGCGGAGCAUUUUUAUGAACAAGGUCAAGAUUCAACUCCGCGACUCGAAGCUCAAUCGCAAGCUUAG